AUGUCACUAAUCACCCAACUCUUUGGCGACCAAGAAAUGCUGGACCCAUUCCUCUCGAUGAUCAACAGAUGCCCGGUGCUCAACACUCCGACGGACUGGAAGGAAACCCAUGAAGCCCACAUCUUCACCUCCGACGUCCCCGGGCUGAAGAAGGAAGAGGUGAAGGUGGAGCUGGUGGACGACGGUAGAGUGCUUCAACUCAGCGGGGAGAGGCCCCACGAUGAUGAUGAGGGGGAGAAUAAGGACGGAGCGAAGUGGCAUCGGGUCGAGAGGUGCCGGGGGAAGUUUCUGAGAAGGUUCCGGCUGCCGGAAAAUGUGAGGACCGACGGCGGCGAGGCGAUCAAGGCUUCCGUGGAAGAUGGGGUGCUGAAGGUGGUGGUGCCUAAGGGGGAAGUCAAGAAGGUCGAGAGGAGAGUCAUUGAGAUUCAGGGGAAGUGA